AUGGAUCCUUCGAAUUAUCCUACACUCUCACCCAAACGCAGUUUUCUCGAAUUCCAUAAAUCCCUCAACUACCAUGAUUCCACCCAAGAAAUUACAAACCAAGAUAAAAGGCAAAGAUAUAGCUAUAACGAAAGCUUUACCCGUCCUCGAUCACCUUUGUGUAUUUCUAGCGGUGCAAAUAGCCCAUGUUCCAGUCCGAGCACUCCUGCUGUGUACCCGUUCUCCGUCAGUCCUGUCGGUCAUGCUUCUACAGAGACGAACAGUUUGGCAGUCUUAAGAUAUGAUGCAGUCGAAAAUGCCUACAAGCACCCCGGAGGCUUACAGGCCCCACGGAUUGAAAUUCACGAUCCAUAUUCAUAUGCUGGGCGUGUAAAUUGUUUCGGGAAGCUACAUUUGAAUGAUACCGAUACGCCAAUAAGUCUCAACGAAGAGGAUUACGAUGAAGACGACGUCGUUGUGCAUCAAGAAAUUAUUGGGCCUGAGAUAUGUUUUGGAAUGAUCAAAAACUCCACCGUCAUUACUGGAUGUGCAGACUAUCUGCGGGAGCUUUGUGUACCACAAAUCGUAAAUCACAAGGGGAGCAAGCUUAAAGCGCAUACAGCAAUCGAAACAACCAUCAACUUCCUGAAGUCAUUCGUAACAGUGCAUCUAUCUUCUGGCGAUAAGGAAUACAUUGGAAUCCUAGAUGAUAUUUCAGCAAGAGGAGUUUCUCAAAUCCUAGAGAUACCAUCAGUUCGAUUGCAGGCAUUUCUACCUUCACCACAACCGUCUCCUGAGUUAUUUCUGCCGGAGGAGAUAACCGAAUUGAAAACCAAAGAGCCACAGAACCCGAUCUUUAUCUACAUUAAUGUUUACGGUGCCAGUAGUGUUGGCGACGAUGUAGGAAGGAUUCUUUCUGCAAACGGCAUCUAUCUUCAGUCUCCAGUGAACAAUGAGAAGAAACCCAAAUACAAAAAUCCUCAUUAUUUUAACGAAACUGAGCUAGUUACGAUGACUCAAGUCACUGCAUCUCGCCCCCGUCUACGGAACGUUGAGGAAAAGAUCAAGACGAUUUUUGACACUAACAUCAAUGAUAAAUUACCAGAAAUUAAAAUGGGAGACGAGCUUCAAACAUUGCUAUUAAGUCAUCAAAAACAGGCUGUGUAUUUUAUGCUCUGGAAAGAGACAGCUCCUGCUUUUCAUGAGGAAGAUAUGCUUACCAGUACUUCGAUCUAUAAACCAAUAAAAAACGAACUUGGAGUUGUUAGUUAUCUAAAUUUGAUCACAAAGAAACAGACCUGCGCAAGCCCCCAGGCAGUCCCUGGAGGCAUACUUGCCGACGAUAUGGGACUAGGAAAGUCGCUCACGACUCUUGCUUUAAUAACCCGUAGCCUCGACCAAGCACACUUGUUCGCGCAGAGUACAAAUUACCAAUAUUGCCCUACGUUGAAUCGAGUUCGAAAACAUGCCAGGGCAACCCUGAUUGUUGCACCCGCAUCACUGUUGGAUAGCUGGAGAGAGCAAAUACGCAACCACAUUAAACCCGGAGCAGUAAAUUUUUAUACAUACCACGGAGCACAGAAAGAUAUCAGCAUUGAGAAGCUCAUAGAUUUUGAUAUCGUUCUUACUACCUAUGCAACCAUAAGAGCAGAAGUCUUUUCAAAACAUGUCAACCAGUAUCGUCGAUCGCCCCUGAAAGAAAUCAAAUGGUUCCGGGUCGUCCUUGAUGAAGCACAUAUAAUUAGGGAACACUCGACGCAACAAUCGAAAGCAGUCUGCAUGCUUGAAGCACAACGCCGUUGGUGCCUUAGCGGCACUCCAACACAGAAUAAGCUGCAAGACUUUGGAACACUUCUCCGAUUCCUACGUCUAUCGCCAUUUGAUAAGGAGGGUACAUUUUCGAAAUACAUUGUCCGACCUCUGAAAAAUGCAAACCCGGAGGGUUUGAGAAGCCUCCGUAUACUCAUAGGUUCCACCUGCUUAAGGAGGAAUAAAGAUAUUCUUGAACUACCACCGAAGAUUGAUCAAGAAGUAUACAUCCACCUUGAACCUCCAGAAAGACGUCUAUAUGAAGGCUACAAAAAGGAUUCGGCGAAUAUGAUCGAGCAUGCUCUCACUGAAAGCGGAAGUGGUUUCAGUUACUUUAGUAUUCUGCAGUCUAUCCUUAGGCGAAGAUUGAUGUGUGACCAUGGAAAAGACCUAUUGCCCUCGGUGGUGCAAAAUAGGCUGGAAGGAUACUCAUAUACUGAUCACAACCCAUCAAGUAGCUUGGACAUCGACAUGGAAGACUACGUGCAGGAAGGAAGUCCGACUCAACCAAUUGCAAGCGGAUUUUUCACGCCAAGAUGCGCGCUAUGCAACAAAGCAACCGAUGCGGCUGAGGCAGAAGCUAUUUCUUCUUCGCAAGCUUGUUCCCACACCAUUUGUGACAGCUGUUUAAGACUGUAUGAGCUAAAUACAACGCAACUCGGCACUUCAUCUCAAAUCUCUUGUCCUAAAUGCGCAGAAAUCGCCGGGUUCUCGCUAGAGACUCUCAAAGACGAGGAUAAUCCUCGAUGGAUGGAAGAUAGACCCUACGGUGGACCGUCUACAAAAGUCAAAGCAUUAAUAAAGAACCUUCGUCUGGAUGUGGGGAAGGAUAAGGAUGGCAAAUCAAUCAAAAGGUAUCAGUCCAUGAUCUAA